AGUCGUAAAUAAGAAUAAAUGUGAUUCACAUGAACUAACACCCCAUUGUGUGGUUUUCAUUUUCCAUCUAGUGGUUUAGUUCAAGCAUCAUUUAAUCGGUCUCGCUUGAUUGGAAUAUUAGAUUUAGAUGGUACUGGCAACGAUUGGUGAAGCGUACUGUAUCCGUGUCCAUCAAAUAUAUUUUCUUACGACGUUGUCACGUACGAAGCACGAGCUGGUCACCGUUAUAAAAUGUUCGUUGAGUGUUUUUUGUUCACUUGACGACUGCGUGAAUCAUUCUGAUAACUUCCACCGAUCUCAUAUAAAAUGCAAAUACAAACAUGAUUCUCAAGCCCAAGAUAUUCUUAUUUAUGAACGUCUGCAUAUCGUCUAACCCUAAUUUGUGUGCUCGCUUUGAUGCUUUAUUAUUGGCAAUACGCCCACGGGUUGACGAGAUCCGAUCUCCAAGAAUUUACCUGGCAUCAAACAUUUUAGCUUUAAGAACGUUGCCAAAAUUAACAAUUAUAAUGAUACUAGAAGUAAUAUUUUGAUUGGCAAUAGGGAUUUCACAUUUCACUAUUCAAAAGAAUUUUAUUAAGAGUUUUUUGAAUGCAGUUCGGGUUGCCAAUAGCUUGAACAACGUUGCACAAUUUCUUGGCUCGAUAUCCUACAAGGAAGUGGUAACAAUUGUUGCAGAGUGAAUUACUUUUUUUGCUCAAAUCUUUGUAUUACUAUUAGAGGUCAUGAACUUAUACAAAGGAAAACCUCUUGGUUUAGAUAUCGGUAUAUAGAGGCAAUAAAGCCUUUUGGAAAUUAUCACCACAUUUGCGCAUCAAAAUAGGAUUAACCGAAUUAAGUUUUAUGUUAUUUAUUACACAUACUUAUUACAUUUUUAUUAAUUUAUUCUGUCUCAUAAAUACAGUAGCUAUAUCUACAUGAUAAGGAGUAUAUUGCAAUAAUAAAAGAGCAAUUAAGUGUAGGAUUACUUUAUCCUCGAGACUUGCUACUGGAAAUAUUCUUCUAUCAACAACUUAAUUAUCAAGUUUUGUACCUAUUUGUUAUUAGGAUUUACGUUAUUCAUUACUUGUAGAAUAUAUUUCUUUAUUGUUAUUUUUAUCUUGUUUAAAGAUUUUAAAAUCUCCUGUUGCGUUCAUACGAACUUUUCUGUCUCCUGUUUUGUAAUAUUCAUAAUAACUGUUGCCCUUGAGACGAGUGUCAUGUAAUGAGUAUGAACAUCUGUUACGUUUUUUGUUGUAAAGUUCUUUGCACUCUUAGUAACUGGUUUUUAUUUGAGUACAGCACCUUCACCUGCGUCACAGGUUCUGUCCAUCAGCCUUACAAUUAUGAUUUAGGGACUGUUCUUUCUAUAAAACUGUUUUCGUGGAAUGAAAAUAUCUUAGAACCUGUUUCCAGUUUUAUGAUAAGCUUGUUGAACUACAGGGCUGUUAAAACUUUCUCUCGUUGACAGGUUCUGGAAAUGUACAGUUCUCAAGUAUUUCCUUGCUUUCCGUAACGAAGCUAUAAAAUUUUUACCACUCAUGCACUCGAUCGUUCGUUGGCUUUUGCGAAUCGUUCUGAAAUGACUUCAUGCUAACUCUGUUUGAGUGCUACGUGACUUUCGAGUCGUACGCGCAGAACUGCAUUUGAUUUUAAAUAUAGAUAACAUGGCAACGUGGCUCUUGUCACCAUACCAUUAGGCUAAGCUAAAUCUUCAUAGAUAGUAAGUCCCUGUUGUGUAAGGCUCAUAUUAUGUAUGGAUUUAAACAAUUGUUUUAAUGUACUUUGCAUGUGUAUACAGGAAAUACUCGUACAGUCGUUCUAUUUCGGUCUUUAUGUCAUUGUAACAGUCAGCGGUUGCGCACGUGUUAAAUACUAAUUAAUGCACCGAAACCUCUUUUGAGUACCGUUCUUUGUCAUAAAUCUGGACUCAGUAAUGAUCUAGAACUUUCCAAGAUUGCAUUACGAACAAAUGUGGAACUUGGAAUUUUACCCAAGUGUUUAUGAUAACUCUGCAAUAUUCUGCAUCUGGGAAUAAUUCAUUUUGAGGAAAAUAAUAUGAUGAUCUGUUUCAUAUUUCGUACUGGUUGGAUACAAUCAAAGACUAUAAGAGCCCCCGCACACUGGCCACUUAGUGGCGGCCACGCUUCAGCCACUAGUGGCCGCCACAACCUGCGGACGCGUUUCUUCAUACAUUUUAUAUAGAAUCGGCGCACACUGAGCGCUUGAGUGGCCGCGUCCGAGCCACAAGCUGCGAGAGUCGAGCGCGCUCGCUACUUGUGGCUGCGUUUUGUCGUUCGACUCGUGCGCAUACACGGCCACAGUUGCCGGCUUCUUCCCACCCCUGCGCGCCGCUCCCCAAUCCCGUCUCCCGGGUCUAGUCUUGUUGUAAGCUGCGUACUGAAUGCACGUGCAUGAUGUCCACGGAUCCGAUUCCUCAUUUUGAUGUAGACGCUUUUAUUUCCGAUGUCGAAGAGCGACCCGCUAUUUGGGAUUUAAAGUCAGAUUUGUAUAGCGACAGGGGUAAGAAAACUGAAGCUUGGGAGGAAUUGUGCCUAAAAUUUAUUCCAAAUUUUAGUGAAAAAAAUGUAGCGGAAAAAAACAAAGCAGCAUCCCAGUUGCAGCGAAAAUGGAAAAGCCUUCGUGACUGUUUCAAAAGAGAACACUCUAAACAAAUGAGCGUUAAAAGUGGAUCUGCAUCAUCGAGUCGCAAGCCGUAUAUAUAUUAUCAACAACUAUCUUUUUUAAAAAACUUGGCUGACACACGACGUGAUCCCAGCCCAUUACCGAACGAGGUACACGAUGCGACUGAGAGAAAAAGGCCAAAAAAGAACAAGACAAAUAAUGAAGACAUUCAAGCAGAAACUGAUAUACUUGUUAGUAUUUCAGAACAAUUACAAUCUCGUCAUUCUAACAAGCAUGAAGAAGACGCUGACCAUAACUUUGCUUUGUCCUUGGUCCCGCACUUUAAACAAAUACCCAAUGAAUUUAAAUUGGAUGCUCAAACCGAUGUAUUGAUGGUACUAAAAAAAUAUAAACAGUAUAUGCGAACAUCACAGAAUCAACAACAUGGAUAUUUCACAUCAUCAUUUCAGGAACCACGCUCAUACCAUACUAUGCAACCAUCUACUUCGGGUUAUCAACCGACUCCGCGUCCAUCUGCUUUGGGAUAUCAAUCGGCUUCGCGUCCACCUUCUAUGGGAUAUCAAUCAAAUUUUGAGCAUGACUUUUCCGUUAGCUCGCCAUCUGCAUCUGAUAAUACUAUGAAUUCUGUUUUGUCAGAUGAUAUAAAUGAACAUCUUUUUGACAACUGACUAUGUAAAAGUAAAUGUGUAUUUGUUAUAAAAACUGUAUAUCUGCGAUAUGUAACUUGAUUUAGUUUGCGAUUUUUCAAUUCUCAUUAAUAAAUAAUUUCUAUUUCAA